GCUGUCCUGGCGACUCACCCAGCGGACUCGCUGAGCGACGCGGGCGGGCUAUGACCCCAGGGGCGCUGCUUCUGUUCCUGCUGGGGGUGCUGGGGGCGCAUCUCGCCCCGGGCGCCCGCGGCUCGGAGGCGGAGGGCCGACUCCGCGAAAAACUUUUCUCAGGCUAUGAUAGCACGGUGCGGCCGGCGCGGGAGGUGGGAGACCGUGUCUGGGUCAGCAUUGGUCUCACCCUAGCGCAACUCAUCAGCCUGAACGAGAAGGAUGAGGAGAUGAGCACAAAAGUCUACUUAGACCUGGAAUGGACUGACUACAGGCUCAGCUGGGACCCUGAGGAGCACGAGGGCAUCGAUUCACUCCGCAUCUCAGCAGAAUCCGUGUGGUUACCCGACGUGGUGCUCCUAAACAAUAACGAUGGAAAUUUUGAUGUUGCUCUGGACAUCAGCGUCGUGGUGUCCUCCGAUGGCUCCAUGCGCUGGCAGCCCCCAGGCAUCUAUCGCAGCAGUUGCAGCAUCCAGGUCACCUACUUCCCCUUUGACUGGCAGAACUGCACCAUGGUGUUCAGUUCCUAUAGCUAUGACAGCUCAGAGGUCAGCCUGCAAACUGGCUUGAGUCCUGAGGGGCAGGAGCGGCAGGAAGUGUAUAUUCAUGAAGGGACCUUUAUUGAGAAUGGCCAAUGGGAGAUUAUCCACAAGCCUUCUCGGCUAAUUCAGCCUCCAGUGGAUCCUAGGGGAGGCAGGGAAGGACGACGUGAAGAAGUCACCUUCUACCUCAUCAUUCGCCGGAAGCCUCUCUUUUACCUGGUCAACGUUAUUGCCCCAUGCAUCCUCAUCACUCUCCUGGCCAUCUUUGUCUUCUACCUGCCACCAGAUGCAGGAGAGAAGAUGGGGCUCUCCAUCUUUGCCCUGUUGACCCUCACUGUGUUCCUGCUGCUGCUGGCAGACAAAGUACCUGAGACCUCCCUGUCUGUCCCCAUCAUUAUCAAGUACCUCAUGUUCACCAUGGUCCUCGUCACCUUCUCAGUCAUCCUCAGUGUUGUGGUCCUCAACCUGCAUCAUCGCUCACCCCACACCCACCAAAUGCCCCUUUGGGUUCGUCAGCUUCAACCUUCCCUUUCACAGACCCGAGGGAGACUACAACUUCAACUCCUGAUCUUUAUCCACAAACUCCCUCUGUACCUGGGUCUGAAGAGGCCCAAACCUGAGAGAGACCAGAUGCUGGAGCCACCUUCCAUAGCUCUCAGGGAUUCUCCAGGAAGUGGCUGGGGUCGGGGAACAGAUGAAUAUUUCAUCCGCAAGCCACCAAAUGAUUUUCUCUUCCCCAAACCCAACAGGUUCCAGCCUGAACUGUCUGCUCCAGACCUGCGGCGAUUUAUCGAUGGUCCAAACCGGGCUGUGGGUCUCUCUCCUGAGCUACGGGAGGUCGUUUCUUCGAUCAGCUACAUCGCUCGACAGCUGCAGGAACAGGAAGACCAUGACGCGCUGAAGGAGGACUGGCAAUUUGUGGCCAUGGUAGUGGACCGCCUCUUCCUAUGGACCUUCAUCAUCUUCACAAGCGUUGGGACCCUCGUCAUCUUUCUGGAUGCCACGUACCACUUGCCCCCCGCCGACCCUUUUCCUUGAGGCUGGAAGGUGGAGAUCCAGAUCCUUGGCCAAGUGAAUUGAGAGUUUAGCAGGGCUCUCAAGCCCUAUACCCUUCUGCAUCUUAACUCCAUCACUAGGAGUCCAGUUCUCUCAUUUUGUUUCUAAGGAGGGAGCCUAAAUGGGACUAGGCAUCAGGGGGACUUGGGCCCACCUGAAAUGCACUAACCGUUUAUUAUUCUUUGGCUUCUUGAGGAAGCUCUAUUGGAUGUUAACACCUAUGCUGGCAAUGAAUGGAACAAACAACAAGAACUAGACUUGUAUGCCUUCUAAAGGCAGGAACUCUGUCUUGCUCACUGUAAUCCCAGGCACCUAGCACAGAUCCUAACCUAUAUAGCAGUUACCUCUGGUUGAAUUAAUAGGGAAUUUUUUUCUGUGAGGAAAUACACUAAGUAGUAGUGCUGAUGUUUGCGUGUUGGGACUAGUGGUUAUUUUUUGUUUUUGCCUUUCUGCAGUUUAUCAUAUUUGUAAUAUGUAAUAUCUUUAGGAUUAAGAAAGAAAAGGUUAUUUCUAAAAAGAUGCAUUUGUAAUGAGGAUAAAAAGCACACUUUUAAAACUUCAAGUUCCAGCUUUGGUGCUCAAGCUUUGGGCAAGCUACUAAAUUGCUCUGUGCCUCAGUUUCCCCGUCUGUAAAAUGAAGCUAAUAUUAACAGUAUUUAGAAUCUGCUCCCUAGACUGAGCAUCAUAUAAGAGAACAAAAACAUUAUACAAUAUACAUCAGAGUUACACACUGAAAUGUUUUGUUUGGCUCAUGUUGUUGGCCAAAAUUUAAAAUCUGGUUUGCUACUUUUAAAAUGUAAAAAAAAAAAUGACUCUCCUUUGGGGUCGGCCUGCCUUCACGCCUCGAGUGUACUAUCCUUUGUUGACUGAAUAAAACUCUGAGCUGUAAAAAAAUUAUAAAUAAAUAAAAAUGUGGAUAUUUCACA